AGCUGAAACGCGAUUCAAGGCUGUGGUGCACCUCCAUGGGAGAUCGCACACCAGUCACCAAUUCGUAGGAGCAAUCCUGCGGGAGCGAUUGCGCCAAAGGAAGGGAGAAAGCAUCAGGUCUCCAACCUUCAAGCCUCACGACGAUCUGGUCGUGAGGAGCGCUAGCCAGCUCUGUCUACCGAGCCAUCCGAGACUGAAGACAAGGUCAUCCCAUCGAGGCGCGUUCCGGAACACCACUUGCAGCAGGACCACGCAAGAGACUGAGCGUUGUAGCCGGAACUCACACUCACAACAGCUCAGCAUACACUCGUGCUUAGAAGGUUCACCAUGCCUCUCAAUACAAGCACGUAUAUGCAAUCUCAAGGCUGGGCGGGCCAAGGCAACCCUUUGGGAUUGAACGGAUCAGGCUUGAAGAAGCCGCUCGCCAUUCCUCAAAAGAGGGGUCUCAAAGGGAUCGGCAAAGAUAGAGACAGGGCGAACGAAUGGUGGGAUUGUCUGUUCGAGGCAUCAGCAAAAGCUUUAGCGCUGCCCUCGGCUGCUUCAUCGCCUCAAACUAAUACUGCGCCAUCCUCAUCCUUCACUCCCACGUCUACUACGAGCGCAGCACGCCUCUCUCUGAUCGCUUCAGCCAAGAGGGAAUCGGCCAAGAAAGCCCUCAUGGCCGGCUUCGUUAGGGGCAAAGUGCAUCUGGAAUGGAGCGAGAAGCAAAGAGAAAAGGAGAGCGCAAUGUUGAACGCCGCGCCCUCAACUUCUCGAAAGGAAGCCGCUUCGAGUGGCAGCGAGGCACCGCCCAGGCUGACUGCGCGGAAAGAGAAGGAGGCAGCGGUGGUGCCGGUGCCGAUGCAGAUGAAGAGCGCACAGAAGGAGGAUAAAGCGCAGAGGAGGAUGGAGCGGCUACGGGUGAAAGAGGCUGAGAAGAGGGAGAAAGAGGAAAGAAGAGCUCGAAGAGAAGCCAAGAGGCGCAAGAAAGAGGAACAGAAUGCUAAAGUGGGGAGUUUGACGGCUAAUAGCGGUGAAGAAGAGAAGUUGCGCGAUGCGAAACUAGAGCUUGGGUCAGGUGAUACAACCAAACCGAGAGAUGGAGAUGCGAGGACGGAGGAGGGGGAUAAGAAGAAAAAGAAGAAGAAGAAGAAAGAGAGGAAAGCAGAGAGGUCUCGGAAGAGUUUGGGCGGGGACGCAUCAACGCGUACUCGCAAUGACGAGGGAAAGACGAGGAAGCGCAAGAGGCAAGCGUAGAACUGUUCGCGCUGCCCGUGGGCAACCUACCGCAGCUCCGACGGCGUAGCGACUCUUCCAAAACGCUUCAGCAUGGCCCAGCAGGGCCUCUCUGCGGUCUUUGUCUCGCCGUCCGUAUCCUUUCGGUCUUCAAAGAUCGAUGAUGGCGCCUCUUGUAAAUGGCCACAAGUAGUCCGAGCUUCGCUCAUCCAGCGCAUCUGCACAGGGCCUCCGGACAUCUCAUCGGCACUGGAAUCCUUCGUCGAGCACUGUGAAAAAGCGAGAACAACUGUUCUUCGCCGCAGCUUCAUAUGCUCGCAAGAUUGGGCCGAAUUCGCGAGCGUCAUGGCAGUCAAGCCGAGGUCUCAAUUCAGCACCUCGUCGCAUCUUUUGGGCCUUGCAAGCUCCGGAAAGCCACGCAAUACUGUACUUGUACUGUCAUCGCAAUUCGCACAAUCGAGCAAAAGAUCGUGCUACCUAUUGAAACCAAUGACUC